AUGAUUGAGCUAGGAUUGAAUCGAGUCGCAAGUCUGCUUCAGCAGACUCCGCUCACAUGGAAGGCCAUCCACAUCGCCGGAACCAACGGUAAAGGGUCUAUCAGUGCCUAUCUCUCCCACAUGUUAUCCCGCGGAGAAGUGCGUUGCGGUCGCUUCACUUCCCCGCAUUUAAUUGAUCGGUGGGACUGUAUCACGAUCGGAGAGAAUGUGGUCCAGGAAUCCCUUUUCCGACAGAUCGAAGACCAAGUCAAGCUGCGAGACCGAACCCUGGGCAUCGGUGCCUCCGAAUUCGAGCUGCUGACGGCAACAGCAUUUGAGAUAUUCAACCAUGAACAAGUCGAAGUCGGUGUGGUUGAGGUGGGCAUGGGAGGGCGUCUAGAUGCAACGAACGUUCUCAAUAAUGUUCUUGUAUCAGUGAUUACAAAAAUAGGCGUGGACCACCAGGCCUUCCUUGGAUCAACGAUCGAGGAGAUCGCUCGUGAGAAAGCGGGCAUCCUCAAGCCUGGAGUUCCCUGUGUGGUGGACUAUACAAACAGCCCGGAGGUGAUUGAAACCGUGAAGGAACGUAUUCAAGAGUUGGGUAUCGAGUCCACCUUCGUGUCGCCCGCUCGGGUUACCGAACAAAUUCCAGCACUUGCACCUUACUUUGAAAAACUUGAUCUCGAGCCUCACCAGCAAGCCAACAUGUGCUGCGCAGUAUCUGCACUUCGCCUGGCCCUCUCUCAACUUCGGCCACAGAUGGACGCCUUCUCUUUGCUUCCAUACCUGGCCGAUGUAACCUGGCCCGGCCGUUUGCAAGAAAUCGUGCUUCAACCUCUAAUUGCUCGUGCAGAGCCCGUGCUGCUAGAUGGUGCCCACAAUGCCCAAUCUGCCGAAGUUCUCGGUCGGUAUGUGGACCGCAGAAUGCGUGCUCAAGGAAAAGCAAUAACCUGGGUUGUUGCUGCAUCAAGUGGGAAGGAUCUGGCCGGGGUAUUUGGCUCCAUUAUCCGCCCUGGGGAUCGCGUCGCAACUGCUGAGUUCGGUCACGUCGACGGAAUGCCCUGGGUUAAACCAACUAACGCCAACGAACUUGCCUCCUCUAUUCAAGCUAUCCAAAACAUUGGGCAAGUCCGGAGCUUUGAGGGUGAUCUACACCCCGCUCUCCAAUGGGCCAGUGCGGAAGCUCAAGGGGGUCCCCUCGUCAUUGCUGGUAGCUUGUACCUUGUUUCCGAUGUGUUGCGCCUUCUCCGCCAAAAAUGA